AUGGCAAACAUCCCUCCUUCCCUCGGCGCGAGUUGCCCCAGUGGUGGCACCUUUUAUGUUUGUCUUGGAAAGAAGACUGAGUUCAUCGGCUGCUGCACCAUCAACCCGUGCACCACUGGGUAUCAGAGAGAACCGGGAACGUGUCCCCCAGAAAACCUUCGGCCAGCAUCCUUCUCCAAGGACAGCUACCUCGAUCUUCCAGCCCAGGAAUGCGACAGUUCGGAUUCGAGCGCAUUGUGGUGGACCUGUGCUGGCAACACACCACCCUUCUUGGGUUGUUGCAAGAUAAACCCAUGUCAUAGAGGAUCGUGCCCGACCGACCGGCUUGUUGCUGCCCGCCUCAGUCCUGACCCGGAUAAUCGCCAAAUCUUCGUUGGAACUUCACCCACGACCACUAGCAUUGAGCCAACCUCGACAACUCAAAGCACACCAACCGCCACUCCAACUCCAACCACGGGCGCUGAUCCGCGACCAGAGCUCUCAACCACCACGCCAAGCUCAAACAGUGGCCUUCCCCCGGCAGCAAUCGGGGGCAUAGCGGCAGGAGCUGCUGUCCUUUUCCUCGCCCUCAUUGCCUUCCUUCUCUGGAGAUGGCGACGCAAUGUACGACAGAGUCAAGAAAACCACAUCAGACCAUUCGUGACAGAGGCAGGUGGCUAUCAGCCAACUCCAACCUUCAAACCUGUCGGCUAUGAGCCAACCGUGACCUCGACCUUCAGCAGCCCCGAGAGCAGUAAGUCAACGUCCCUUCCCAACUUCUCCGGUUUUCCAAGCUGA